AUGAUCGCGGGUCUGGAAGGAGUGGAUUGCUUUCUCGACGACUUCAUUGUCUACAGCGUCAACAAAGAGCAACAUGACCGUAACCUGGAAAAACUUUUCAGUCGUAUCCAAGAAUAUGGAUUCCAUUUACGUCCAGAAAAGUGUAGUUGCUACAAGUCCGAAAUCAGGUACCUGGGCUUCAUCAUCAACGCUGACGGUAUUAAACCUGAUCCGGAGAAGGUGGCUUCAAUUGUCAAAAUGCCACAACCAAAGGACGUCAGUGAGCUUAGAUCAUUCCUCGGGGCAGCAAAUUUCUACGGGAAGUUCGUCCGGGAAAUUCAUCGAAUCAGACAGCCACUUGAUGCUCUCCUGAAAAAGGAUUCCCAGUUUGUGUGGAGUGCACAGUGCCAGGAAGCUUUCGACACAAUCAAGAAAGUAUUACAAUCAGACUUGUUACUGACGCACUACAAUCCGUCAUUGGAGCUGAUUGUAGCCGGCGACGCUUCCAAGACCGGAGUAGGAGCAGUCAUUAUGCAUCGUUUUCCUAACAACCAGCUCAAAGCGAUUGCGCACGCUUCGAAAACUCUUACCAACACUGAACAGAAGUAUAGUCAAGUGGAAAAAGAGGCAUUAGCCCUAGUUUUCGCAGUAACCAAAUUUCGUCGUAUGCUGCUAGGACGCAAGUUCACGUUGCAGACGGAUCAUCAACCGUUACUGAAAAUAUUCGGGUCGAAAAAGGGUAUUCCACUACAUACCGCUAAUAGACUUCAACGUUGGGCUUUAUCGUUGCUUGGUUACGAUUUCAACGUCGAAUACGUUUCCACAGAUAACUUCGGGUAUGCAGAUGUGCUCUCCCGACUGAUAAGCAAUCAUCAAAAGCCCGAGGAAGAGUAUAUCAUAGCAGCCAUUGGUCUGGAAGAUGAGGUCAACGCAGGUCUAGCUGAGUGUUUCACUUCACUACCGGUGAAUUUCAGGAUGGUUAGCGCAGCUACCAAGAAAGACGCGAUUCUUCAGCAAGUAGUGCAGCUUAUCAAUGACGGCUGGCAUCGAAAGGUUGAAGAUCCAAAGCUGAAAAUUUUUCACGCUCGCCGUGAGUCUCUUUCGGUGGUAAACGGAUGUGUCAUGAUGGAGGAACGUGUAGUUGUGCCCGAAAAAUAUAGUCAGCGAAUUUUAAAACAGCUUCACCGCGGUCAUCAGGGCAUCGAACGGAUGAAAGCUAUCGCGCGAAGUGUUGUAUAUUGGCCAAACAUCGACAACGAUAUUCAGGACCUUGUUCGUCGAUGUGAUAUCUGUGCCAGUGCAGCCAAGUCACCACCACAUUUCCAAUCUCAACCGUGGCCACGAGCAGAUGGACCAUGGCAACGGAUUCACUUGGAUUACGCGGGUCCGCUCGACGGAAUGUACUAUUUGGUUAUUGUCGACUCGUAUUCCAAGUGGCCUGAAAUUUUUCAAACACGAUCGACAACUGCGUCGAUUACAAUCAGAUUUCUUCAGGAAUCUUUCGCCCGUUUUGGUAUUCCCACGACCAUUAUUACUGACAAUGGAACGCAGUUCUGUAGCAGUGAGUUCAAGAAAGUGUGUGACGAACUUGGAAUCAUCCACAUUCGUACUGCCCCGUAUCAUCCGCAGUCAAACGGGCAGGCGGAGCGGUUUGUGGACACCAUGAAACGGUCGUUACGCAAAAUCGUUGAAGGGGAAGAAGUACCAUCACUCAAAGCACUGCAAACAUUUUUACAGGUGUACCGCUCUACACCUAGUGCCGCGCUUGCUGGGAAGUCUCCAGCAGAGGAAAUGCUGGGCAGGCCUAUGCGAACAACUCUCGAUCUCUUGCGCUCCCCAGUAUUUACUAACACGUCUAAUCAACUUCGUCCAAGGUUUAAGGCAGGUUCUGCAGUCUACGCAAAGCUCUAUUCAAACGCAAAUAAGUGGAAGUGGAUUCCAGGGACUGUUAUCGAAGUCAUUGGUGGAGUGAAUUAUAAUGUGCUACUCGAUUACCAGUCAGGUCGGAGAAAACUGGUACGCUCCCACGUGAAUCAGCUGAGACAGAGAUUCAACGAAGCAGUUAAACCGUUACCAGUGCCAACCCCGCUGGAUAUUCUGGUGGACGAUUUUCAGUUAACACAGUCAUCAAUACAGCAAACCAUCGCUCCGUCAGGAUGA